AUGAUAAAGAAGAACAGAAGAUGUGCUAUGCGAAGAAAAGGUUCUCAAAAGUACUGUUCCGAACAUAUAAUCUACAACGAAAGCAGCAGUAUAGUAAACACCGAUACGAAGCUCUCAGAGGAUGAAAGGGUUCCGUGUCCUCUUGAUGGAAAACAUACAGUUUGGAAGAAGAAUCUCGCUGUCCACUUGAAGAAAUGUAAUGCCAAACCGGUUGAGAGAACCGAAGAAUGGUUCUCAAAGGACAUCAACGUAAAAUUAAAGAACCUGCUAGGCGAGACAGAAGAUAUUACGAGGUCAGAGGACAAAACUUUGGACGAAAAAGACCUCUACUCCAAGUACAUUCCUAUUAUAGAAGGAAUUAAUUUCGAGCCUCUACAGUAUCGAAUCAGCGAACAUUCAGGCUUGCAGCAGAGGUUGAACGAAGUCCUUAUACAAAAGCAUGCCUUGCAACAGUCCUCGUUGAUCGGGAACAUCAAAGAUGCUAAGCUUUUACUGCCAAACAAUACGUUUGUAGAAUUUGGAUGCGGAAAAGCCGAAUUGCUGAGAUUCGUCAACCUCUGUCUUCUCGAUGAUUUGAAGCAGAAGGUAAAUAACGAGGUAACACUAGAAAACUAUGGAUAUGGGUUCAUAGAUCGUGGAGUCAAUAGGAUGAAGAUGGAUAAGAAGAUUUUAAAGGACUGCUUAGACUCUCCGAUUGAAAUAACACCCAGAAUACAAAGAACUAGGAUUGAUAUCAAGGAUUUAGACUUGGACAAAUUUAUCAAUAAGCUUCAACCUUCGAAGAUUGUUGCAAUCUCCAAACACUUGUGUGGUGCAGCCACCGAUUUGACAUUGAAACUGUUGCUCAAUUCAUCACUUUUAUCUGAUAAUAGGGAUAAGUUUGGCGGCCUAUUAAUUGCCAUGUGCUGUAGGCAUGUGUGCUCAUAUGACCAAUUACUUCCUAAAUCGCGAGAGUAUCUUGCCGAGAAAGGUUUCAAGACUCCAGAUUCGUUUCGAAUACUCAAAAAGAUGGUUUCAUGGGCAGUGUGCAGUAAGAAAGAACACGCAAAGAAUGUCGAGAGAUUGGAAGCUGAGCAUAUAAGCCAAUUGGAUUACUCUAGUAGGGAGAGGUUGGGGUUUGUUGCUCGUAGAUUAAUUGACGAAAGCAGAGUAUAUGCAUUGAAGUCCAUGUUGAGUGGGUUUGAGGUGAAGAUGUUCUGGUACGUCGAGAAGGAUGUCACAUUGGAAAAUGUAUGUCUCUAUGUCGGCCAGGAGCCAAUGUAA